AUGGACGAGAUCCUGAACGAACAGUUUGAGCGCGUCGAGAAGGCCUUGACAACACUAGUCGACUCAAUCGCGGCCUACAACCCAGCCACGCAAACUGCAAUCGAUCUGGUAGCUGCUGAUGACGAGCUCAGUGAAGGACUGGACCAACUCGCCAAACACCAGGCGAACCAUCUUCGCAUCCAGCACUUGCGCGCAGAAGCCGACGCUCUUGAAGAACAGCUCAAAACGUCAGUCAAGAAGCUCGCAGAACUGCGCCAUGAGCUGUUUGACACAUCCGUGACGACAUUUCCUGAAGACUCACGCGCAGUCCCAUUCGACGAGCUCUUACAAUAUGCGACCAACAUCUCGAGAUACACAGUCCCGCCGACGUACCGUGAGCGCAUUCCUACAGCAGACAAAGACAAGGAGGACGAAGACGUCGGCUCAAGUGGCGCUGCUACCAACGGCGUCAAUACGCCUGCUCUCGCACCAGAGACCGUAGAACCAGCGAGCGAGGCUGUACAAGGGCAGAAGGAAGGCGAAGACGCCGCUGGUCCUGCGCUUGAGAUUACGCCCGAAGAAGAAGAAUGGCUAAGGAAACUCAAAGCUAGCAACCUAGCCUGGUACCCGUGGCCCAGCAACGAAAAGAUCCGCUCAGGCGCUCUCUUCAGUCUCCAGUACUGGCGCGAAAAGGGUAAAAACUUGGACGAAUUCGAUAUACCUGCGUAUCUGAAAGCAGACAGGGAGAAGGUACUGCAGGAGCAGGAGCAUCAGCAACAGCAACAGGACGUCGCUGUACAGGACGUGGCUACAGAGUCUCCGGUCAAAUUAGCUCCGGACCAGCCUCCCUCUGAAAACACACACCGCCCUAAAUCACUUGGAGUCUUUGCAGGCUUUGACUCUGAUGAAGACGACUGA